AUGCGAGCAUCUCCCACAUGGAAAUCUGAUAACCUAAUCUUCCCAUUAACACUCAAGUCCCUCGCCCACUUCCAGUCACUCGGGAACCCCGCACACCAGUCCAAGAUCUGCUUUUCAACAUACAUACCAGUUCUCUCCUCCUCGUGCUUGGCACCACAGCCAGUAUGGGCCAAACCGCUCGACGUCCGUGGAUAUGGUUCUACUCCAUCCCCGACUUAUACGUCCAGAGGAACCGGUGUUAGUCCUUACCCUACUAACUUUACUAGUGGUGGCCAUGGUAGUGGAGACUCUAUCCCUACUCCUACUCCGCCCCAUAUAUGCAUAUCUUCUUUCUUUCCCACAUACUAUACUGGCUCUGCUGGUAGUGAAAGUGGUGGCGGAAGCUCUGCGCCUAUGGCUACAUCGACAGCAGUCCUACCCACCGUCAAUGGAGGGGCUGCGGGCAAUUACGUUGCCUGCACACUUGGUGCGCUCUAUUGUGCCGUCGGUAAGACGGCCGCUUGCUGUGUCAUCCCGGUCGUACUUUACUCGUUCUUUAUCUCUGAGGAGAGGGCUUAUAUUGCUUCCUGGCGAGCAAAGAUGUUCUCUGCAUCGGCCUUCAAGGUCUUCAGAUCAAUGAUUCCAUCAGCGAGCAGGCGAGUUAUAUAUUCAACAGCCUAG